GUAAAAUAAAACAGCCUUUAUACUGAUAAGACUGGAGUAUGAUUUUGUAUGUAAAACAUAAUUAUUUAUUUAACAUAUCUUUUAUUUUUUAAAACAUUUUAAUUAUAUAUGUUGCCAUAUCAUAAACUUACUUUUCGUAAAAAAAAAAAAAAAAAAAAAAAUUGUAAAUAGUUUGUGCUGUUACCCGCUCCGUCCUAUAGGUGGCAGUGAUAAAUACCGAGUGUAUAGCAUCUGUCAUUUACAAGGCAGAGAAGUGGGUGUCGACGGUGUUGUUGACAUUGCCCAGCAGCAAGAUAAAAGUUCUCAAGAGUGAUAUGGCAGUAUUGUCAACCGCUUCAAAUAUAUGUUUUCAGCCGGACAGUUGAAAACACAGAACCGUCUGAUGACUGUGCACUUCGGUUGAUUUUGUGGAAGUGGUUGUGAGUAACCGUACAUUCUGCUUUUCUGGGUUAUCAGUAUGACUCGUGAUAUCAUUCUUGGAGAGGAACUGCCCGACUGGGUUGGGGCAAAAGAGUUUUAUCAGAAGUAUGAUCCCAAAGAGGUGAUUGGCAGAGGUGUGAGCAGUGUGGUGCGCAGAUGUGUCCACAAACACACGGGGCAGGAGUUUGCAGUGAAGAUCAUUGAGAUCACUGCGGAGAAAAUGACAGAACAGCAGUUAGAGGAGGUGAAGAGCUCCACGCUGAAGGAGAUCCAUGUGCUUACUGUAGUGAAGGGCCACCCGUCCAUCAUCACACUUAUUGAUUCUUAUGAGUCAACAACCUUCAUAUUUUUGGUAUUCGACCUUAUGAGGAGAGGAGAACUAUUUGAUUACUUGACUGAAAAAGUCACUCUCAGUGAAAAGGAAACCAGGAGUAUGAUGCGUGCUCUUCUGGAGGCUGUCCACUAUCUACAUUCUCUAAAUAUUGUACAUCGUGACCUCAAACCUGAAAAUGUGCUGCUAGACAACCAGGGACACAUCAAACUUUCUGACUUUGGCUUUUCAGUCCAGCUGAGGCCUGAUGAAAGACUAAGAGAGUUGUGUGGAACACCAGGAUAUCUUGCACCAGAGAUUCUGAAGUGCUCCAUGGAUGAGACACAUGAGGGAUAUGGAAAAGAGGUUGACCUGUGGGCUUGUGGUGUGAUCCUAUUCACACUUCUUGCUGGCUCUCCACCGUUCUGGCAUCGCAAACAGCUGCUGAUGCUGAGAAUGAUCAUGGAAGGCCGGUACCAGUUUAGUUCUCCAGAGUGGGAUGACCGUUCUGACACCGUCAAAGACUUGAUCUCAAGGCUUUUAGUGGUGGAACCCACACUUCGCCUCACGGCUGAGCAAGCUUUAGCUCAUCCUUUCUUCCGUCAGUACCAAAAGGAGGAUGUGCGGCUAUUUAGCCCCAGGAAGACAUUUAAGGCCCUGAUCUUGACUGUGUUAGCUUGUAUAAGAAUGCAGUGCCGCUACUACCGAGCCAGACCAUUAACAAAGGAGCUCCUAGCAAGAGACCCUUAUUCCAUCCGCGGUGUGCGCAAGCUGAUUGACGGCUGUGCUUUCCGCAUAUAUGGACACUGGGUCAAGAAAGGGGAGCAACAGAAUCGAGCUGCUCUUUUCCAGAACACUGCUAAAAUCGUUUUACUGGGCCUUGAAGACCUUGAAAACUAAAGGUCAUGUUUUUGUUUCUAAAGAUAAUCCCUCAUCUGUCCAUUAACAGUUUUAUUGUUUGUUCGUUUUUUGUUUUGUUUUUGUUUUUUUUGUGGUUAGGGACUAUACCCACCUGUCCAAUAGGUGCACAAAACGGUUAUUUAUAGGUGAUUUUUUUGUCUUCAAAGAGGGAUGGUGCUUUUUGAUUUUAACAGCAUGCCAUGUGACCUCAUUUUAACCACUCACUGUGGAUUUUAUUUUUAAAAAAUGUAUGGUUUUAUCACAUACUUAUUGGUGGCUGUACCUUCUGAUAUUGUUUAUUAUAUGGACCAGCUUGAUAUGAACAGAUAAAGUAAAAAAAUAACUAGGUAUUACAAUUGCU